CCAAGAAUCCCCCAUUAUCAAGUACCCAACGCCAAGAAAUCCCCUGUGGGACUUAUAAACCCCGAUCUCGACAGCUCAUUUCUGCCCUUCCCACCCCCGACCAAUACGUGAAUGACAGAACCUUCUUCGCAUAGCACAAGCCAUGUCCUGCCCGAGCCAACACGUACUCUCACCGAGGAUGACGACGAGCCGCCUAGUAGUGGGAAUAGCAGCAAUACAAGUGACGGGGAUCAAGUAACGGAACCGGGAGAUAAGGAACGGGGUGAAUGCGAGCCUGAUAGGGAUCCCGCCCCCUCGCACGCUGCCUCCCUCCUCUCAGCCCUGCGCUACACCUCUUUGAACAUCCUCCUCCUUUGCAUUCCUGUCUCCUGGGCCCUGCAUUUCGCUGCCCAAUCCGCUACGCUCAUUUUCGUGUUCUCAGCGCUCGGGAUCAUACCCCUGGCUGCUCUCCUUGGCUAUGGCACGGAACAAGCUGCGACGAGGACAAGUGCAAGCAUAGGAGGUUUGCUCAAUGCGACUCUGGGGAAUGUGGUGGAAAUGAUUAUUGGCGGGGUUGGGCUGCAGAAGUGCGACCUCGAGUUGGUGCAGAGUUCCUUUUUAGGUGGCUUGCUCAGCAAUCUCCUUCUCGUGCUGGGUAUGGCGUUCCUCGUAGGGCCUGCGGAACAAGAGUUCCAUCCUAUGGUCGCGCAGGUGAACUCGAGUCUGAUGAUGGCCGCCGUGGCGGCAUUGGUAGUACCGACAAUCCUGAAUGGAUAUCUCGAAGAACGGCUCCCGCAAGGAGAGGAACUGGGAGUCUUGUUAGAAUUGAGCAGGGUGAGCUCUGUCGUGUUGAUUUUGGUGUACUGUGUCUACUUGUACUUUCAGUUCUUCUCGCAUAAGCAUUAUUAUGUAGACGGCUCGCCACAUGGGAAGGAUUCGUGCGACUCGGAAAACCCUCUUCCCCGGCCUAAAAUAAAAAUGAACCUCCCCGUGUCACUCCUCAUCCUCGUCCUCUGCACCGUACUAGCCUACUUCACAGUCGAGCACCUCGUCUCGUCCCUCGACGGCCUUGCCUCUUCCCACCGCUCGUGGCUCACGCUGAUCAUCAUCCCCAUCAUCAGCAACGCCGCCGAGCACACCACCGCCGUCGUCGUAGCGCGGAAAGGAAAACUCGAUCUGGCGAUGCACGUCGCUGUGGGGAGUUCAGUGCAGAUUGCGCUCGGGGUCAUCCCUGGGCUGGUGUUGGUGGCGUGGGCGAUGGGCAGGCCCCUUGGGAUGGUGUUUGAUCCGGUACAGACAGUGGUUCUGUUCUUUACAGUUUUUCUGGUCAAGUUUACGAUUGAGGAUGGGAGGAGUCAUUAUUUGAGCGGGGUCGUACUAGUGGCGGUGUAUACGUUGGUGGCGGUUUGGUUUUGGGACGUUCUGGAUGCGGGGGUGAUCGUGCAGGGUGUUGAGGUUGGGUGUGGGGCAUAGGGGCUGUUGCGGCGACUUCAUGCAACCGAAACUUUUAUGGUGUUUAUCAUACCUCCCACACGAUCACGCCCCGAAUGCCUUCUUGACAUGAUUGAGUCGAGGUGCACUGUUCCCAGUGGUGUCGUUAGGCUCGAUACAGUGUUUCUGAGACUAA